GUAACGGGGCCGCGCUAAACCGGGAAGGUGGGGUUGUUGUGGAUGCCGACGGGUAUCGGGCGGUGCGGCUGUCAGCGCUGCAUCCAACACAACGGGGUCCCCUUCAAUGUUUAACUCGGAAACAGCGGCAUUAAGCAGCCCUGGCCCCAGUUCUCGAUCCUCGCUGUUGUCGUGAGCGCAGCGAGAGAGGGGCUCGGUGGCCCGCGGAGGCCGGCGGAGCAUCGGUUCGGUGCACCAGCCGGCGUGGCGGCGUCGGGGCACGGUCUGACAGGCGGAGGAGCCGGAGCAAUCGAAGGAGCCUGCUGAGCGUGAAGGGUGGAAGAUGGAGGGCAGUGGGGAGGAGAAAGUAGAAUUGGAGGAUAUAUUAAAUAGACUGAGAGAAGAUGGAAUUAACACUAAUGCCUGCAGUGGAAAUGAGUAUCUGUGUCAUCUCUGGUGUAUAUAUCAGCGGUCUGAGGCCAUGUUGCAAUCUACCAAACAGGAUCUGGAAGAUUUGCAAAAACAACAGGCUGCUGAGAUGAAAGAGGUGGAUAGUUAUGUGGAUCACAUACGCAAUUUAUCAGUGGAACAAGAGGCAGUGAUGGCCGAAUAUGAGCGGGAGAAUGAAUUACUGAGGGCAGAACUGCAACAGCUGCAACUGGAGCAAGAAACACAAAUAAAGGAAGUGCAGGAGAUGCUGGAUCAGGAAGGACUUGCAGCGAUCACUCACGGUGGCUCAAGUGAGCAAGUAGCCUACCUCCUUGUGGAGCGUGCCACACUGCUGGAAAAAUUGGAAUUGGCAGAGAGGAAAGUGGAGAAUUUUAAAGGGGAUCCCCAAGGUUUACAAUUGCAGAGAGAGCUGAACCAGAUGCAGCAAACCUUUGAAGAGGAAUUGAAACAGCAGCGGGAAUCCAUGCAACAUACCAAGGAAACUAUGGCAAAAACCCACGAAGGUGACUUAAAUAAAGAGAGGAAACUACGGGAACAAGCAGAACAGGACCUGGAUGAAGCAGCACGCCGGUUACAGAUGGCACACGAGGAGAUACGUCGACUAACAGAUGAAUUGGACAUGGAGAAGAAAGUACACUGCAGCACUGAUUUCAUGGAACUAGACAAAGCAAAAGAAGAGAACAGUCGACUGGAUCAAGAAAUUAACACAUUACGCCAUCGUGUACAAUCGUUGAAAAUUGAACGGAAAUCUCUCUUAGAAACAGUAGGAAGCCUUCAAAAGUUCCAACCAUCACAGACUGGACAAGGCAGUGAUCCUCACCACAUGGAGCACAUCGAACCAUCUUCCGAGUCUGCAGACUUCGACACAGUUGACAACCUUAACCAAGAUCUGGAACAAGAAUCAAUUGGCUCCGAUACAUCCCCUUCAAUUUAUGACAGCCAUCACCCAAGAACAGAACAACUCCACAAAAGGUGCCAUCAUGAGAUUAAUCGGCUUGAAUUCAAGAACCAUGAGCUGCAGCGCAAGUUGCAUAAAUAUCAACAAGAGCUUGAAGAGGUGAUGCUGAUGAAGGAGACUCUUGAAUCCACUCUGGAAAGUUACCGGAAUCAUUCAAAAGAUGACAGGCAUAGCAAUGACUGUGAAAAGGAAGUACUCAAAGCCAAGAUCAGCACUAUGGAAGCUGAUUACCUAAAACUGAAGCGGAAGUACAAGGAGCUUAAAGCCAAAAGUCAUUUUCUAGAUGUAGACCCAGGCGUUCAGGAGCGUAUACAGAAGAGCCAGGAAGCACUGGACAGCACACAGCUAAGGCUUGAUGAAGAAGUUAAAAAGCGGGAGCAGUUGGAAUCUGCACUAGCAGCUGUUGAACAGUCAAAAAUACGGGAAGCUGAGCAGUUGGAAGCUUUCAGAACCCAAGUGCAUCAUCUGAACUUGGAGCUGAAGAAUUGUCAUGCAGCAGCAGAACAGAAUCAAACAUUAAAUCAAGCUCUUCAAAGAAUGAAGCAGGAAAACAGUACUCUAGAGGAGAAGUUCAACAAGGUAGUGGAGGAUUACAAAGGUGUCUGCAAAAGCCAGAAGGAGACAUCAAGCAAUGAUUGGAAAACUAUGGCAGAUGGCUAUCUGUGCCAGAUAGCUGAAUUGAAGAGCACUGUACUCAAACUCGAAGAGGCAUUAAACAGCAAGACAAUGACUGAUGAUUCUGCAAAGAAAGUAGAAUGUCUGCAGCAACAGCUCAACACAGUACUAAAGGAAAAUCAGCAACUAAAUCAGGAGAAGAUUACUUUGCAGCAGCGGUUUUGUACCAACCAGCAGGGCAGCCAGAUACUGAGUCAGGAGUAUGUAACCAUACGGCAGCAAUUCCUCCACUACCAGCAGGAAAACAAAAUUCUAAAAGAGGAAAAUUUAUCAGUACGGCAACAAAUGGCAAGCUGCCAACAGGAGAACCAGCGCCUGACCCAUGAAGUAUGUAACAUACAGAAACAGCUGAAUGACCUAAUGCAUUCGAAAGAAAAAAUGGAAGACAGCAUCAAUCAGGUGCAGCUCCAGGCUCUGAAGGUGGAAGUGAGCCAGAUGCAGUCUUCCCUAGAAUUCGAACAGAAGAAUGCUUGCCAGCAGAAACAAACCCUAGAAUUGCAGCUUGAGGAAUCAAACAAUAAGCUCAAGUCUCAAGAAGCCUCGUUGGCUCAGUACGUGGAAGAGUCACGCCAACUGCGACAGGACUUACAGAGGGUGCACAAUCUGUGCAGCAGCGCUGAGAAAGAACUAAAGUACAAGAGAGAACAACUAAUGGAUCUGAAAAAUCAAAAUUCUCUACUUGAUCAGGAAAAUACCAGGAUGAAAGUGGAUUUAAAUGCACAGCAGUUCAGGCUAUCAGAUAUGGACAAACACACCAUAAUGCUGAAAUCAGAAUGUGAAAUUAAACAACAGAGACUAAAAGAAAUGGAACUGGAAUCCAGCAAGAACUUCCACCUUGCAAAACAAUUAAAGUGCGCACAAGAAGAUCUCACAGCAGAAAAGAACAGAUAUACGCGUGCAGAGAAAAAGACUGCAGAGUUACAGCAGCAACUGAGCAACAUUCAGCAUCAGCUGCUACUGUCAGAAGCUCAAAAUAAGAAGAGGGUGACAUUGGAAGCUGAACUGAAGAGAAGCAGAGAAGCAGCAGACAAACUCAGCAGCCAGCUACAAGAGGAAACUAUUCAGAGGAAACGUGCAGAUCAGAAUGUAGAAGAGCUACAGCAACAAGUAAAAUUGAUGCAAGAAAAGGAAGGAUGUUUAUCACGUGGCAAAUGUGAUCUUCAGCUGCAAUUACACCAACAGGGGGCACAGCUGCAAGUUUUGGAAAAAGAGAAAGAGUCCAUGUGUUCUGAGAAUCUCUGUAUUCAAAAGACUAAUGAUAAGUUGUCAGACGAUCUGUGCUCACGCCAACGAGAAGUAGACAAGCUUAAGGAAGAACUGAAGAAUGCUUUCCAACGAUUAGAUUUGCAAGUCAAAAUCUAUAAUGAGAAACAAUCGCAACACAAACAGAAAAUGCACAAAGCUAAGGAGAUAUUUAUCCGUGAAGUGAUGCUGCGGGAUAGUAAAAUAAAACAUCUGGAAAUGGAGAUUAAACUGGUGAAAAACCUAAUGGAGAAGGAACACGCCUGGAAUGCGAGGGUUACUUAUGAAAAUGAUCUACUCCUUGUUGAAAGGAAAGAGCUUCUACAGCAGUUAACAGAGCAAGAGAAUGCUGUAGGGAACAAUUCCUGCAAAGUAAAGCACAGAUCCGCCAGCCCUGGUGCACCCACGUCGUUGGUGUCAUCAACAAGAAGUCCUAACGAGCAGUCCCAAAGGAAAUGCAAGAAACCAGCAUCUAGGAUUAGCUCUUUAGAAGAGGAGAACAAACAACUUCAAGAUGAGACAAUGAAGUUGAGUGAACGGCUUGGGUCACUGGAGAACUCUCUGAAAGUGAUUCAGACGGAUCCUGGCAAGUUACACCAACAUGACAGUUUAUCUGUAUCCUUUGCUGACGAGCCUUGCAAGUUUCUGUACAGUGACACCUCUGUAAUAAAUGACAACUUCCCACCUUCAACACGUGAAGCAACAUCACCUAGUGGUAUUAACAGUCUUGGUCAUUCAGAUCCUAUGCAAUAUGGCAGAACAAUGGAGAAGUCUGAUGCUGCAACAUCUUCAUAUACUCCACCUCCACCGAGCCAUUUGGGCGUGGACUACCUUAACGUGUCAAGCCGUUCACAGUUCAGGGACCAGGAUGAUAGCCAAGUCUAGGCAACGAUGAUGUGUGGUCUGGCCAUGACUGAGACAGAAGUAAAUGUCAGCACAGUUUAAGUGGAUCCCGAUUGUGCCACACAAAGAAAAUUCAAAAGCUGGAUGAUCCACAAGGUGUUUCUAUCUGGAGCUAAAAUAAUGCUGGUAAUGGAGCCAGAGGCAUAUUGAUUCAGCAUGUAACAAACUGUUGUCUUUGCCAUGUUGCCUAACAGGAAUGUUAACACAUCUUUCUCUGGAUGAGUAGUGAUAGACUGGUUGAAAUACCUAUUUUGGCGCCGGUCCAGCUUUGCACUUACAAGCACAAAAACACUGGCCUUAUACCAGUAUUUCAAAUGUCAAGGGUAUGGGUUGGGCAAGUAAAACACUGUGGUUCUGUGAUACAAAUGUCCCCAAUUCUCUCCCAGUGUAAAAAUUAACUUCUGUGCUGCUAUCCACUUUGAAUAACGCAAAGAAAGAGUUGACUUGUAUGAACAAUUGGUUAUGCCAGGGUGUAAUUUUGCUCAGCUUGCAGUGGUAAUCUUAUUUCAGUAAAUUUCCACAGUUUAGAAAACAAUAAGGCAUUAGAAUUAGAAAAUAUAUCAGUAAUUAGAUGAUAAAGCUUCACGUUGAGACUACUUGCUCGACCUAAUGCCUCUUGCUCUGCCUUUGUCCCAAAUUGCUUGCUCCUGAGAUUUUGAAUUGAAUACAGUGUAUUUCUGCCUUGAUUACUUGGUGGAUAAAGGAUAAGAGAUGGUCAUGUUGAAGGAAAGGAUUGAAGAAGAAAUGAAAAUAAUUGCACUGGAAACAUAUCUAUGGACCUUUAAAGUGUGUCAGGUAAUUUCCAACUGAAACUCUAACACUAGAAUUUUGAAAAUUACAUGCAGAAAUGAAGGAGGGAAACACUGA